AUGAUGGCGCUGCAGGUGACAAGGAAGGUGGACAUCCUGACUCCGCUCGGAGCUCUGUAUUACAACACGGGGCGGUACGAGGAGGCCCUGCAGGUGUACAGAGAGGCCGCCGCCCUGCAGCCCGACAGCACCGACAUCUGGCUGGCUUUGGCUCAGGUUUUGGCCAUGGCCGGUCGUACCAAAGAGGCGGAGAAGAUGACCCUGGACAUCAUAUCCAGAGAAGGCAGCUGUAUCGAAUGUUACCGCCUCCUGUCGGCCAUCUACAGCAAGCGUGGAAACUACACAGAGGCGCUGGAUGCUCUGGACAGGGCCCUGCAGCAGAGUCCCAGUGAUGUGACAGUGAGGGCAGAGCUGUACUUCUCCAAAGGAAACCAGCUCAGAGAGAUGAACCAGCUGGACCAAGCCUUCGAGAGCUACAAGCUGGCUGUGGAACUCAAACCUGACCAGUCGCAGGCCUGGAUGAACAUGGGAGGCAUUCAGCACAUUAAGGGAGACUAUGCAGCAGCCAGGAUGUACUACCAGCGAGCUCUGCUUCUGAGCCCUGGCUCCAAACUGCUGAAAGAAAACUUGGCCAAGCUGGACCGACUGGAGAGAAGACUGACAGGGGGUGCGUAGACCACCACGGGUCUCCAGACACUGUACCAUCCUGGGCACAGAUAAGGAGAGCAGGGCACAGCCCAGCCCUCGAAAGCCCAAACACCAGCCACCAGGCAGCUGGCUACUAAGAUCACCAGCCCUAGUGAGAGCAGAGGACAAGAGGACGAGGAGGAGCUUGUCAGGUCUGCAGCGUGUUUGGAGGUGCACCGGGUGUGGAGUCCAAGAGACUGGUGGAGCUACAGUCCAGACACCUUUCCUGGUGUAGACAGAGUCGAUUGAUUCAUCUUCAUCAAGGGAUUGCACAUCCGCUUUAGACAUUUGUGUUUGAUUGAUUUAUUAUGUAGGUCCAUGUGAAGGCAUUUCCUCUGUGGCACUUCAUCACAGAUUGUAAUUCCUAUGUGAGAACUGUUCAUGUAUUUACAUUAGUGCAGUUGUGUGGAACAUGUUAUUACUUUGAAGUCAAUCUGGAUGAAACAGAAUGUGGAACAGAAUAAUCUAAGCUCAAAGUCUCAGUGGUCGGUCAGCAUUGACCAAGAAGGAGUCAAAGUCCAGGAGGACAUUUAUAUCCAACACCAAACCGUAGGUGGGACAUUGACGAGGACAGUCAUUGUUCUGCAAAUCACAAGCAGGGUUGGGGAAGCUGCUUUGAAUAUGUAGCUUAUGACGAUACAGGAUACUCUUCAUUGGAAAUAAUGAAGGCACAGCAACUCUACACUUUAGUUGAAGUAAAUGAACAGGACAGGUCAGCUACCGUUCCCCCUCUCUCUGCUCCAUACUGUCAAACCAGCCCAGUAGCCUGAUUCUCUCCAGAAUCAGAAGACUGGGAAUCUCUGGGUGCAAAGUCUGAACAACUGUAGCAGUUGGUUGUGCCACUUGAGCAAUAACAGCCUGCUACUGUAAAUGUUGCACCUUUGAAAAUCGCUAUGCAACCCAAACGCUGCCGCAAAAUAGCUACUGUAUAUAGUGCUACUGUUCAAUACUGGUCACAAGCAGGUCUCAAGUGUAGUCCUAAAGCUGAGAGUACAUGAGCUGAAAGUCCAUCAACGUUUACUUGAAACAUUCUGACAGCUCGACUCUGUUGGCCUUGUUGAACUAUAAUACCACACCGUCCACCGAGACCACCGAGUGGUGUUUCUGUUACCUCACAAGGGAUCUUUGGCCGAGAACCGACACCCUCUUGCAGAAAGCACAUUAAACAGAUAAUGGCAAAGUUUAAUUUUGGCGAGUCUGGCAUUAAAGCUUGUGUUGGUAAUGUUGAGAAACUAGUGAGGGCACGCUUGAUCUCCAACCAAAAAACCCUGAGCAAUGUUGCCAACCCCGUUCCUAAGAAAUUAGCGAGCAGCACUAUCUCCAAAACCUGCUAAAAGUAACGAGAAAGUCUCCAAGUUGGCAACAAUGACAGCUCGUCCCUUCAUGCCUCUCUCUUUUCAUAAUGCACAUAAACAACAAACGUGCCAAUUGUUGGUACUCUCAGCUGUCGAGCUAGCAGUUAGUGGAAGACUGAUGCAAAAUGAGCACAUGGGCAGUGUGUGCGCAGGCAGGUGGACGGGCAGGUACGUCAUCACCAGUCAAUCUGAAUGGGACGGCUUUAUACAGUCCUGCGACAGACGCAGAUUAUUUUUCUUUUUCUGUCAGAACAUUUGAUUCAUUGAUUGCUGUUUGGCCUCAAUGACGAUCUCUACUAAUAUAGCUCAAAUGUUUUUGAAGAAGAUUUCCAACCCUAGCUUUAAUGCUAACUAGCUGCAGCUGAUGUAGUGUUGCCUCUGGCAACAUUUGUCUUUCAAAUCGACAAAAGCAAUUCUCAGUGCCAACUAAACUUGAAUCCUGUGAUCAUCUUAAAAUCAAUUUUUUUCUGUUGGUCUGCACUCACUGCCACCUGAUGACACGAGUCAGCUCUAUUCACCGAAGACACACAGUUGAAAGCUCCAAGAAGUCAGUAAGUGGACCCUUGAGUUUGGAUUAUUGUGUUGAAGAGAUGAGGUCUGACACAAGUUAGACUUUAUUCCCACUCCCUGCUCGAGUAUAUCAGUGAAACAGGAUAACAAAAUGCAAAGUCUGUAGAGAUCUGUGAUUACAUGAUUAAAUGUAAGAAUCAUGACGGCUGCCUUUUCUUUAGACGUAAACUCUGCUAUGUUCUUCUGACCUCCAUUUACAGAACUAGCAACAUUCUACGAUGAUAUUGCGAGUAUAAUGAGCUAGUUUAUCUCCUCCUGUGUGAAGAGCUGAACGUGUGACUUCAUGCGUACCAUAACCUGAAGACUGCUGUUUGGUUUCUUGCUGUGGUUUUGUUAACAGUGAUGUGGAUUAUGGAUUAUGAAUGAAUAUUGUUGUGGAAUGACAAUGGGGUGAAAAUGAAGUGACUAGGGCAAUGACUGACUUGCACCAAGAAAAUAAAGUAUAUGUUUUAUUAAAUGGUGUUUGAAGUUAUUGCUAUUAAUAUGUAUAAGCCUUGACAACCUGUGGUGAACCCGUAUAACCCACUAUUUAGAUUCACAGAGAUGUUUACAUGUACAUCUGCUGAAUUAUUAUUAUUGUAGACAACUCAAAAACAACUCAAACCUUGCGGUCCAGACGUUUAUGGACGUAACAAAGAAAAAUCCGACUCCACAAGUAUGUAUCCAACCAUUCAGGCAACAGAACAGUAUCCAGUUGGGGACCCACAGAUUAUCCACAAGGAUUUUGAUUCUAUUGCUAAUUAUUUUGGGUUUGUGAAGUCGACUGUGUUCCCACUAAAGGGCUUGUUCCAUCCU